AGAACGUUGCUAAUCUCCCGCCAUUGCAGUAAAAUAAGGGUCCUCAAGUUCGCUGACUGUGCAUGAAACACAGUCAUGGCGAAUCUUCACGCCGAUAAAGAUGCUUUCUAUAGACGAAUGGGGAGGUUUUAUGCCGCAUGGAAUAAAGCAUCGGGUGGAGAACCCAUGGCCCAGAUGGAUGCUUUGGUGGCUGCUGUAGGAGUUGAUGAGGAAGUGGUGUACUCUAAAUCUACAGCCAUGCAGACCUGGUUGUUUGGGUAUGAACUGACUGACACCAUCAUUGUGUUGUGUGAAAAAUCCAUCAACAUCCUUGCCAGUAAAAAGAAAAUAGAAUUUCUGAAACAGGUUGACUCCUCCAAGGAAAAUGAUAAUGGUGUUCCAUCCAUGAACCUUCUUGUUAGAGAUAAGGGCGACAAAGACAAGGCCAACUUUCAGAAGCUGGUGUCUGCUAUAAAAGGGAGUAAAAAGGGUAAAACUGUUGGAGAAUAUUCAAAGGACAAAUUUCCAGGAGAUUUCAUGAGCUCAUGGCGAGCAGCUCUGAAGGGAGAGGGCUUUGAGAAAGUUGACGUCAGCUCUACUAUGGCAUAUGUGAUGGCUUCAAAAGAAGAGUCGGAGGUGAAGGUCAUUCAGCGAGCCUGCACUGUCACAUGUGAUAUCUUCUCCAAGUAUCUGAGGGAUCAGAUCAUGGAGAUUAUUGAUGCAGAGAAGAAAGUGAAGCACUCCAAGCUAGCUGAUGGGGUGGAGUUGGCCCUUCAAAACAAGAAAUAUGUGACAGGUGUGGACACGUCACAACUGGACAUGUGUUACCCCGCGAUCAUACAGAGUGCUGGCAAGUACAGCCUAAAGUUUAGUACCACCAGUGAUGACAGCGUGCUCCACUUUGGGACCAUUAUCUGUGCUAUGGGAGUGAGGUACAAGUCCUACUGUUCCAACAUUGUCCGCACUCUGUUUGUGGAUCCUACAGAGCCCAUGCAGAAGAACUAUGAGUUCCUGACACUGGUGGAAGACGAAAUUCUUAACAAACUUCAGGACGGUGUCCGACUUAGUGAAGUGUAUGAGCAUGCUGUGAGCUAUGUUAAGAAGGAGCGAUCAGAGUUACUUGACAAGAUGACCAAGAAUGUCGGGUUCGCCAUGGGAAUCGAGUUCAGGGAAGGCUCACUUCUUAUCUCUGGGAAAACGAACAUCAAAGCUAAGAAAGGGAUGGUAUUCAACAUCAACGUUGGGUUUUCUGACCUGAAGAACAAGGGCGCCAAAGACAAAUCAAGUGAGGUGUACGCUGUGUUCCUGGGUGACACUGUCAUGGUUAAUGAGGGAUCACCAUGUUCUUUGCUGACAACAAUGAAGAAGAAAAUUAAACAUGUAGGAAUUUUUCUAAAAGAUGAAGAGGAGGAGGAAGAGGAAGAAGAAGAGGAGCCAGAACAAGAAGCACUCCUAGGGCGAGGACAAAGGAAUGCUGUCAUGGGAAGUAGGACCAGGACCGAGAUGACAACAGAGGAAAAACGAGCAAAACAUCAGAAGGAGCUGUCUGAGAGACUGAACGAUGAAGCCAAGGAGAGACUGAAGGGGAUGAAAGGAGGCACUGAGGACAAAAAGGUUCGGAGGUCCAAUGCCUCUUACAAGAAUCCUUCACACAUGCCGCAGGAGUCACAGUUACGAGAACUAAAGCUGUUUGUCGAUAAGAAAUACGAGACUGUGAUUCUGCCCAUUUUCGGGAUUCCGACACCUUUCCAUAUAUCCACUGUGAAGAACAUCAGUCAGUCGGUGGAGGGUGACUACACCUACCUGCGUAUUAACUUCUUCCAUCCGGGGUCAGCACUUGGAAGAACUGACGGAAACCUGUAUCCUCAACCAGAUGCUACUUUUCUCAAGGAAAUCACUUACCGAAGUUCUAACACCAAAGAACCCGGGGAGAUUUCUGCACCAUCCUCAAAUCUUAAUACAGCCUUCCGCCUCAUCAAGGAGGUACAGAAGAAGUUCAAGACAAGGGAAGCAGAGGAGAGAGAAAAAGAGGGCAUUGUAAAACAAGACACCCUCGUUAUCAACCCCAACAGAGGAAACCCCAAGCUGAAGGACCUCUACAUCAGACCAAACAUUGUGUCCAAAAGGAUCUCUGGGACACUGGAGGCACACACCAAUGGUUUCAGAUUCACAUCUGUUCGUGGUGACAAAGUGGACAUUCUGUAUAACAACAUAAAGAAUGCAUUUUUCCAGCCAUGUGAUGGAGAAAUGAUUAUUCUGCUUCACUUCCAUCUGAAGCAUGCCAUCCUGUUUGGUAAGAAGAAGCAUGUCGAUGUCCAGUUCUACACUGAAGUUGGUGAGAUCACGACAGAUCUUGGCAAACAUCAGCACAUGCAUGACAGAGAUGAUCUACACGCAGAACAGGCUGAACGUGAGUUGAGACAAAAGUUGAAGUCGGCCUUCAAGGGCUUCUGUGAGAAGGUGGAGGGCAUUACGAAACAGGACAUUGAAUUUGAUUCUCCAUUCCGAGAGCUUGGUUUCCAUGGCGCCCCCUACAGAAGCACAGUGCUGCUGCAGCCCACCAGUGGCUGUGUGGUUAACCUGGUGGAAUGGCCACCAUUUGUGAUAUCCCUAGAGGAAGUGGAGUGUAUCCAUUUUGAAAGAGUCCAGUUCCACCUCAAGAACUUCGACAUGGUGUUCGUGUUUAAGGAUUACAGUCGUAAGGUGGCCAUGAUCAACUCGAUACCUAUGAACGUGUUGGACAACGUCAAAGAAUGGCUCAACUCCUGUGAUGUGCGGUAUACGGAAGGAAUUCAGAGUUUGAACUGGUCCAAAAUCAUGAAAACUAUCACGGAUGAUCCUGAAGGUUUCUUUGAUAGUGGUGGCUGGACUUUCUUAGAUCCUGAAAGUGAUGCUGAGGCAAAUGAUGACGACGAUGAUGAAGAAGAUGAGGUAUAUGCGCCUACUGAUGAGAAUAGCGCUGGAGAGGAGAGUAGCGAAGAUUACUCUGAGGAGGAGAGUGACUGGGAAGGCGAGGAAGAGGAGGAGGAAGAGGAUUCAGAAGACGACCUUGGAUCCAGUGAAGAGAGCGGUAAAGAUUGGGAUGAGUUGGAGGAAGAAGCUCGCAGAGCGGAUGCUGAAGGUGACAUGAUGGUAGAACAACCACGGAGCCACAAGUCCCAUCAUAAGUCGCACCAUCGAUCACCCAGCAAGUCCUUGUCGCACAAAUCAACUAGUAAAUCUUCACACAAGUCCUCCAGCAAACCUUCAUCUCAUAAAUCGCCUAGCAAGUCUUCAUCCCACGGAAAAUCAUCUUCAUCCCACGGAAAAUCAUCUUCAUCCCAUGGAAAAUCAUCUUCAUCCCAUGGAAAAUCUUCCUCUCACAGUAAAUCUUCAUCAUCCCACAAAUCUCCAAGUAAAUCUUCAUCCUCCCACAAAUCUCCAAGUAAAUCUUCAUCCUCCUCUUCCUCAAACAAGCGGAAGCGCGAAGAGAGUGGAGAUCGUCAUGACAAGAAGAAAAAGAGGUGAAGAGAUUCUGAAACAAUGUCAGAAGAACAAGCAGAAAAAAACCUGUAAAAAAUGUUGAUAUUUGUCGGUCAUUAUUACAGUGUAUAUACUGUAUAGAAGUGAAUAUGUGGUGUGUUAAACAUUUCUUCGAUGUGCCCUUUAGUUUUAUAUCGGUGUUAUCAAUGUCGGAACAAAGAAAUGUGAUAGUAUAGUGAAAGAACAAACCUAUGUGAUUAUGUAAUGUUAAAAUGGUGAAGUUCACAUUCAAGAAGUGCUUUGCUGAUAUUGUACAUAUUACUAUUUCUGUUGGUAUUCUAAAUGACCACUAUUGUAUAUAUCGAGGCUGGCAUAUGUGGGCUUCCAUUCUGGCUUUUAAUACCUCAUCUGUUAGUACCCAGUUAGUAAACACAAACACUAAACAUCCUUAAAAACUUCAUACAUGUGCCAGUCAUCAUCAGUGAGAAACUUAGUUGGGACCACAUCUGUUAUAUAUUCAGCAUUGUCUGCAUCAGCACGAUUCCUGUAACAUUUUAGCCUGUGAGGUUGUAUUCUGGUACAGUAACUGUUCAUUAUCAUAGUUCCUUUUAACAUCAAUGUCCAUUCGUUUGGGACUGACUUGUAUGGUUCGACACUUACCAAAAACCCAGGUCAUGUAAAAGAUUUGUCACUUAAAUGCUUCGCUCAGCCAGGAAAUGUUGACGUCUUGACUUGUAACUUUAACUGUGUGGGUCUUGUAAUUGUAAAAUCCACAAGCUCCAUGGGAUAAUUGGUGGAAAGGAAGGCUCAAACAAGCUGUUUGAAUCAUUUUCAUUUGAUUGGCUUAAAUUUAAAAAAAUGUUUGAACAGUGAUGACUGAAGUAAAUUAACUCUGAGGACUGGUGCAAGGAACAGCAUAAUUUAUUUGUGGAUAUUAUAGUCACUAAUGUUUAAAAUAAAAACUCUGAAUAAUCUAUUGUCAUAUUCGUUCUUAAGUCCAGUGAACUAAAUUGAAAGUGGCAAUUUUUGUCCUUAAAUAAAGGCGCAAAUUUAACAAGGAACAAUACAUGUCAAUCUUGAAAUACUUUAUGUAGAAAUGCAAAAUCAUAAAGGUAAAAAAAUGAUUAUUGCCUUUGAUUUGUAUCCUUACGGCCUAACUUCAUUUGACUUUCUCUAUUAGAAAUUCUGGUAAAAUGUGUGUAUGUGUGAAUUAACACUGCAUUAUGAUGUUUUAUAAAUCACAAUUAGUUACUUAAAUAAGAUUGGGGUUGGGGGAUUACGAUCAAAUUAAUCUACGAUAUGUACAGACAAUUAAAAAGAAAACUUCUGUUGUAUUCUUCUACAAGUACAAGAUAUGGUUUAUUGUUUGUGCUAACAUCAGUGCUGAAUAAAGAAUGAAUGUACACCA